CUCUCAGGAGUCAAAUGUCACAACAGAGCAGCAGCAGUGAGCUCAGUGAGCAGCGCCGGUAACAACACGAAGACAUGGAGGUGGCGGCGGAGGAGUGGCGGCAGGUGGAAGAGCAGGUGGAGCGGCUGCUGAGUGGUGAGGGGUCAGAGGUCACCGGCUGUGAUGUGGGCCUGGAGCAGAGCAAACCGGCCACUCUGAGGAAGAACGUCACCUACAUCGUCUGCGCCGUCAUCUUCAAUGACAAGGAGGAGGUGCUGAUGGUGCAGGAGGCGAAGCAGGACUGUUAUAAGCAGUGGUACCUGCCUGCAGGGAGGGUGGAGGUGGGGGAGAGCCUGGAGGAGGCGCUGAGGAGAGAGGUGAAGGAGGAGGCGGGGUUUGACUGCGAGCCAAUCACCUUGCUGCUGAUCCAGGAGCAGGGACCUCAGUGGAUCCGCUUCAUCUUCCUCGCCAAGGUCACAGGUGGGAGUCUGAAGAGUCUGUCAGCAGCAGAUCAGGAGUCUCUUCAGGCGUCCUGGUGGGACAGACAGUCCGUCCUCCAUCUGAGAGGACGAGACAUCCUCCGUCUCAUCGAAUGUGGACUCAAGUACCGUCAGGAUCCCUGGCAUCCCGUCACGCUGCCUGUGGACCUGAGCUGCCGUCACGUGCUGCAGAGACUCGUCCUGGUCUUCACUGACGCCGAGGAGCAGAUCUGGGUUCUGCUCAUUAAAGCCCCGGUGCUCCACCUCCCCACGGCGGCGGCAGUGAAGACCCACGCGGUGACCUGGGCGACCAACAUGGUGGUGCAGGAAGCCAUGCCGUCAGCGUACUAUGACCAAGACGUCAACACGCUGGGUGUGUUCAGCCUGCAGCACAAUGGCCGGCAGCACGGGAAAACAGACGGCGUGUGCUUCAACACGCUGGUGGCGUUGGUGCCCGACCGCGUCCAGCGCAACGAGGAUGGAGAGAAAGUGGAGUGGACGGGGACGGGACUGCCUCCACCCGUAGAAAACCCGCGAUACGUCUGGCACAAAAUCCAGAAACAAACGCUGAGAGAGAAACUGCUGGAGAAGACCAAAAACACGUCCAUCUUACCCGUUCACAGCCUGUAUUGACCAAACACAGACCUACAGGACUCUUAUUGUGAAAAGAACACGCUCUUAUUCUGAAAGAACAUGUCUUAUUUUAUGUGUCAGGUAGAGGGUAGAGUUUAAACGUGCACGGAGCAAUAAAAUAUUGAUAUUUAUGUCAGAUUUUAUAAGAAAGAGUCUAAAUACGUAAAGGAACACUUUCAAUUAAGACCUAAAUAUUUUGGGAAAUAAUUUAUUCUCUCUUUACUAAGAAAUAAAAUUGAAGGUAUUUAACAUUAUAUUAUAUUUUAAAUAAUAUAUAACCUAAAAAAUACGGUCAGUUUGGAGGAGUCAGCACCCAGAGCCACCCAACACAGAUGCUAAUCAGUUUUAGAUGUGUUAUGAUAUCAUGUUCAGUUGAAUAAUAUUGGAUUAUUUUCAGUCAGAAUAAAACAGAUGAUCUGCAGAUUUACACAUAAAUAUUUAAUUUAAACUGUACUGUAUGUUUUUGUUGCUGCUGGUUACAUUCCUCCUGAUGGGAAUUUAAAAAAUGCACGACAGGGACGCACCACUGUUUGUUUGUUUAUCUUGUGUAACAUAAAGAGACGACAGCUACAUUUUGUUUCACAGCUCUGUGUUGUACAAUGACAAUAAAUGAAUGAACGUACGG